GUCCGUCUCUAAAGAGACACUCGAGAGCGAGCGCUCCCACACCCCCAUCUCGGGUCCUACCUGCGUCCAAGGCCGAUGUGUUUUAAAUAUAUUUCUGCAGUUUCUGGAGCUCUGGAGACAGGUGCUUCUGGAUCCCUCUUCUCUUCCCUUUUGCUCCUCUAAAAAGUAUGGAGACGUGAACUCAAACCUAACUAACUGGCUGCCUCCCAAAGAAAGUGCUUGAUUUAAAGGACAGUUUGUUUCCUAGUGUUGUUACAGUCACAUCAACCUCUAGGAAACUCUAGGUCCUGGUGCUGCAGGGACACACCGAAGUCUGGAGGGCAGGCGAUUGGAAUCUGAGGAGCACCCUACAACUGUAAAGCCUCUCAUCAGAGCUUCUGGCAGUUUCCUCACUGUAAGGGGACAAGUCCAGUCAGGCAGGCAUUGUCAUGCUGCAGCGGCUCCUGAUCACUCUGCCUACUGAGGCCAGCACCUGGGUGAAGUUGCAACAUCCAAAGAAGGCCACAGAGGGGGUGCCCCUGUGGGAGGAUGUGACUAAAAUGUUUGAAGGAGAAGCUCUGCAAUCACAGGAUGUUGAUGAGACCCAGGAAGAAAGUUUAGAGGAUGAAGUGAACCCUGGACUCCCGACAGCAGAAUCCCAGGAAUUGUUGACUUUCAAGGACAUAUCUAUUGAUCUCACCCAGGAAGAAUGGGGGCAGCUGACUCCUGCCAACCAGAAUCUGUACCGAGAGGUGAUGCUGGAGAACUACAGCAACUUGGUGUCAGUGGCAGGAUAUCAACUUUCCAAACCUAUUGUGAUAUCCCAGCUAGAGAAAGGAGAAGAGCCCUGGAUGACAGAGAAAGAAGGCCCGGGAGAUACCAGUUCAGACUUGAAGAGUAACACAGAAACCACUGAGUCAACUGCAAAGAAUACCAUUUCACAGGAAAAGUUAUAUCAUGGCAUUAUGAUGGAAAGGUUCAUGAGAGAUGAUAUAAUUUAUUCCACAUUGAGAAAAGUCUCCACAUAUGAUGAUGUCUUAGAAAGGCACCAGGAAACUUGCGUGAGAGAUGUGAGACAAGCCAUCUUGACCCAUAAGAAGAGAGGCCAAGAAACUAACAAAUUUGGGGAAAAUAUCAUAGUGAGUUCAAAUGUUAUUAUUGAACAGAGGCACCAUAAGUGUGAUACACCUACAAAGCGGAACAAGUACAAAUUAGAUUUGAUUAAUCAUCCAACAGGUUACAUAAGAACAAAAACCUAUGAAUGUAAUAUAUGUGAAAAAAUCUUCAAACAACCAAUUCACCUUACUGAACAUAUGAGAAUUCAUACUGGCGAGAAACCUUUCAGAUGUAAAGAAUGCGGAAGGGCCUUUAGUCAAAGUGCAUCCCUCAGUACACACCAGAGAAUCCAUACUGGUGAGAAACCUUUUGAAUGUGAGGAAUGUGGGAAAGCCUUCAGACAUCGCUCAUCACUUAAUCAGCAUCAUAGAACUCACACUGGCGAGAAACCCUAUGUAUGUGAUAAAUGUCAGAAAGCUUUCAGCCAGAACAUUAGCUUGAUUCAACAUUUGAGGACUCAUUCUGGAGAGAAACCCUUUACUUGCAAUGAAUGUGGGAAAACCUUUAGACAGAUUAGACAUCUUAGUGAACAUAUAAGAAUUCAUACUGGGGAGAAGCCCUAUGCAUGCACUGCAUGUUGUAAAACCUUUAGUCAUAGAGCGUAUCUAACACAUCACCAGAGAAUCCAUACUGGGGAGAGACCAUACAAAUGUAAAGAAUGUGGGAAAGCCUUCAGGCAGAGAAUACACCUUAGCAACCACAAAACUGUUCAUACAGGAGUGAAAGCAUAUGAAUGCAACCGCUGUGGAAAAGCCUAUAGGCAUGAUUCAUCCUUUAAAAAACACCAGAGACAUCACACUGGAGAAAAGCCUUAUGAAUGUAAUGAAUGUGGAAAAGCCUUCAGCUAUAACUCAUCACUUAGUCGACACCAUGAAAUACACAGGAGGAACACCUUCCGAAAUAAUGUGUAAAAGCAGGUAUUGGACAUGAGAACAAAAGCCAAGUUUAAGUUUGUGAUUUAGGAUGCUUUAAAAUUUCAGGACAGAAAUAUGAGGAAUUGGUGUAAUUAUGCCAACUUUUAAUUUUACCCAUUGUGUAAAUAAACAUUACAUUGAUAGCUACUGACUACUGACUACUAAUACCUCCAUAGAAAGUACUUAAGAUUAAAAUCUGGUCCUUCAAGUUAAAUUACUUCAGCAUUAUGAAAAAUUGACAACAUAGUUUUUUUUCUGGUUUCAUGGUGGAUUAAUAAAUUAUUCUUCAUGGGUA